CCAUCAAAAACUCAAAGACAGCCUCUAGAGCAACCACAGGAACAAUCCCACAACCAGCCUCCGAAGCGUGGCCCAGGGAGACCACGAAAGCAACCAAGUACCUUGAAUAUUGACGUCUAUCUCGCUAAAGACGCCACUGCCUCUGCCUCUAGUCAAUUUAAGCACUCCCAGACGCAGGAGGUCAAUGGGCUAAUUGAACGCGAUGUUUUUGAGUACAUCCGGCCAUGCGACCUCCCAGAAAGCGCCAGAAUACUCAACUCAAGAUUUGUAGACAGCAUCAAGAACGAGGGCACAGAAAAGGCAUAUAAGAAAUCAAGGCUUGUUAUCCAGGCAUAUAACGAUGAAAACAAGUCUCAAGUUCUGACCCAGUCACCUACAAUCCAACGAGUUAGCCAGCGAAUUAUCCUCGCCAUAGCCGCUAUAUGCCCUGAGUUAAAUGUCUACCUCAGAGAUAUUACCCAGGCAUAUACCCAGUCAACUACAAAGCUUAACCGCGAGUUCUAUGUACGCCCACCACCAGGAAUUCCCCAGUGGAGUGGAAUUUACCUCAAGGUUAUAAAACCACUCUACGGCGUACCUGAAGCUGGGAACCACUGGUUUAGCACCUACCACAAACACCACCUGGAGAAGCUGCGCAUGUCUCAAUCCACAUACGACCCCUGCCUACUCUCUGUCAGCAAUCAAGAGCAAUUUGGGAUCGUCGGUCUUCAGACUGACGAUACUCUAAUACUAGCAAACCCAGAAUUUGCUACAGCUGAAGAGAGCGAAUUGAAGAAGGCUGGGUUUACCUCAAAACCCAGGGAGCAACUCACUUUUGAACACCCGCUCAAGUUUAAUGGCCGCAAGGUCACACUUCAACUGGAUGGCUCAAUACUCUUGACCCAGGAAGGCUAUACUAGGCACUUGAAGCCAGUGAGCACUUCACCAGCGGACCUAGUGAGCUCCCGGGGCAACGUUCGCCAGAGAGUCUCAAUUAAGGGCCAGUACGUAGCCCAGCGGGCACGCGGAGCCUACCCGGCGACAGUCUCGCAACCAGAAGCCGCUUUUGACCUCUCCUUUGCUGCCCAGAAGCUUGAACCUCAAAGCCAGGACAUUACACUCCUCAAUAAGCGAAUU